CCUUUCUUUCAUUUUUAUUUUUACCACAAGAAAUGUUUACUCGCUUCUUAUAUACCAUCGUUACUGUCAGCUUACUUUCUUCAGUCAACGCUUAUGGAAUGGUUGCUCAGGUGGUAGACGCUAACGAUUUUUGUGUGUUCUUACCCCCUGAUGAUGCCACCGAUCGCAUCAUCUCCGAUAGUGAAUGGAAUGCUAAUGCGUUCUGUAUGGGAAGUACACCACUCGCUACAGACGCUGGCACCUUGCCCUCCGGUUUUAUUAAAUCCGCUCAUUAUGUGAAAACAGAUCUUUACGUUCAAGUUACAGGUCAGAUGGAUUACACCAAGGCUAAUUUGGACGGUACUGAUGGUGGCGGACAAAUGGAUGUUAAAGCUCCUGUUGGCUCUUCAUGUGUCGGCUGGGAUUACUACGUCAACUUAAUCGAACCCACUACUAACACAUAUUGUAUGCGUUGUUGUAAUGAUACAGUCAGCUGUAAUCGUGGUAUUUCUGAAAAGGGCUGUGCGCAUAUUAUUCCUGGUGAUUAUAGUGGCCCCAAUGACGGAACAGGUUCUAGUUUAACUUCCACAGAAGCUUCAACUAUUGCUUCUUCUACUGCUGCUACCUCUACCGAAUCUGCCACUGUUAUUUCCACUACUACUGCUGAAUCUAUUGCUACAACGGUAGCACCAGCAACUAGUGCAGUUGUAUCAUCGUCUGCUAUCUCGAGAGAACCUGUUUCUUCAUCCGCUACUGCUGUUUCUUCCUCCUCUUCAGCUAUUAGCACACCCAGUGGUGCUGUUUCAGCACAGGAUGUUUCUAGUGCUAGCAGCUCCGCUAAGCCUGUGGUUCUCGCUAUUGGUGCCAGUGUUUUGGUCGCUGCCGCCAAUUGGGUUUAAUUCCUAUUUUUUAUAAUCUUUAAUCACUUAUGUAUACUUUUUAUUUUAAUAAAUAAUUUAAUAUCCUUCUCUUGUCUGUAUAAAAAAA